AUGGCAGAAAACGUUGAGCCACAUAUUCUGAUGCGCUACGAGCUUCAGAAGAAGAUCGGGAAUGGCGCCUACGGGCAUGUGUGGAAAGUGCUGGACAAAAAGUCUGGCCAGGUUUACGCCCUCAAAAAGAAUUUCGACGCCUUUCAGAAUCGCACUGACGCCCAGCGCACCUACCGCGAAGUGAUGGCCCUGCGAUCCAUGGCGCACGAAAACAUCGUGGUGCUCCACCGUUUAUAUAAAGCCGAAAACGAAAAAGACGUUUACCUCGUGUUCUAGCACCAAGAGGCGGACCUCAACAGGGCCAUCAAGGAGAACAUCCUUGAGGACCUGCACAAACGGUGGAUCACCUACCAGAUUUUCAAGGCGGUCAAGUACAUCCACUCAGCCGGCCUGGUCCACCGCGACCUCAAGCCUUCCAACAUCCUGCUCAACUCGGACUGCAAUGUCAAGGUCUGCGACUUUGGGCUUGUCAGGACCUUGGGCGUCGAGGCAGAUGAUUCUCAGGUCAUGACGGACUACGUGGCGACCCGGUAUUAUAGGGCGCCGGAGAUCCUGCUCGGCAGCCAGAAGUACACCAAGGCAGUUGAUAUUUGGUCGGUGGGCUGCAUCCUCGCGGAAAUGUAUAACAACCGUAAACCGAUCUUCACAGGGUCGUCGACCUACUAGCAGAUUAGCAAGAUCUUCACGUUCUUAGGGCCUCCUUCUCAAGAAGACGUGGAAUCGCUGUAGCACAGGGAGGCUGAAUAAAUUAUUAGGUCUCUCUCGCUGACUAAAAGGCAAAAAUUGAGUGAUAUCCUGUACGCGCCGCCCGAGGCCAUUCGCAUCAUCGAGUCCAUGCUGAUUCUCAACCCUAAGAAGCGGGCGACCAUCGAGCAGCUGCUGAGCCAUCCUUACGUCAAGACCUUCAGAAAGCCCGCCACUGAAAUUUCUGCCGCCAGCCAGAUCGUCCUCCCCGUCAGCGAUAACACGAAGCUGGCGAUAAAGGACUACCGCAAAAUGCUGUAUGACCUUUCUGGCAAGAACCUGCUGGAACUGGAAAAAUAA